CAGUGAACCCACCUCUGAGCCAGCCACCUCUAAAUAUGAAGGUAGCUUGGCUCCCUACCGCCCUCCGCGAAGGCCUUCGAUGCCAAUUCUUUGCUCGGCAGACUAUAUUAAAUCCCCGCCUAAGGCGGCGUGGCCUCAAUGCUUCAGCAAAGCAGUUCAGCACCUCGAUCAGGUUACGAGCGGGGAUCGCAGCCCCUGAGAUAAAAUUCAAGAACCAAGGCAAGGGAGAGGGUGAAGAGGAGAAGAUAUUUUUUGCUCGACUCAUUCCCGAAUCACCAUCAUACUUCACCGCACAGCCAGCGUUCACCGAUGACCUCCUUGCCCUGCAAGACCUCGUUAGAAAAUACUCGACUCUCCCGGUCGUGAAGCCAGGCGAGGCGCCUCGAGUGGCAUGGCGAUCACUGGUUGAGUACAGGAAUAUGGUCGGUGAAUCAGUCAAGGCAUCGAAAUACCACAAGAUCGUUGAAGUCCUCCGCCGGCUCAACCAGAUACAGCCAUCUCUUAUGCCCUCUGAUGUGGCGGCUGCUCUGAACGAGUACAAACGAGACAUCAGUCCAUUUCAAAACGUAUCGAAGAUAGCCCCGCUUGAUGAGUUUGGAAGAGCUGCAGGUCAUGGAAGGAGGAAAACUUCGUCGGCAACAGCUUGGGUUGUGGAAGGCACUGGGGAGGUAUUGGUCAACGGAAAGACGCUUGCAGAAGCAUUUGGUAGGAUACAUGACAGAGAAAGUGCUAUUUGGGCCCUGAAAGCUACGGACAGAAUCGACAAGUACAAUGUAUGGGCUAGGGUUGGAGGUGGAGGAACAACAGGUCAGGCUGAAGCUAUGACUUUGGCUGUUGGAAAGGCGUUACUGUCACAUGAGCCUGCGCUGAAGCCUGCAUUACGAAGAGCCGGGUGUAUGACGCGCGAUCCCAGGAGGGUAGAGAGGAAAAAGCCCGGACACCGCAAGGCAAGAAAGAUGCCCGCAUGGGUGAAGCGAUAGAUGAUGUUGUAUUAUAUUGUAUCUCACGAAACACAAUGUCCAUGGGACACCAGAAAAUACGAAAAACAUCGAAACCGG